GGUCAACACUCAGGGAACCUAGCCCCACACACUCAGCACAGCUGUCCCAGGGAAGCAGCAGUGACAUGAGAGCUGAAACUCCCAGCAACCCACAAGCAGAGGGAGAUGACUCAGCCCCAGCUACUAAAAGGGACAUCAGACUCCUAUUACAGGAGAUGAAGGGGCUGUUUGACACUGACAUAAACUUAAUCCGCACAGAAACGCAGGCGGUGACGGCAAGAGUACAGGCCUCUGAAGAAGACAUACUAGAUCUCCGACAGGAGGUGAAAAGCAUGGGGGACGCCCUGAAACAUUUACAGACAGCGAACUCAGCGCUCCAAAACACGCUAGACGCCAUGGAAGAUCGCAACAG